AUGGCAUCGUCUCCGACCCAGUUGAACGAAGAGCCAGCGCCAGAAUUGGAUCCAAAAUUACUUGCGACUUGUGAAGCUUCAGAGGUUCCCGUUUCGUCAGACUCGCGAGACGGUUCAUCUGGCAUACACGAUACAGCAGACUCCAAUUAUUUUAAGCAUGCAGAAUGGACCCCGGAUGGUACCACCGUGGUCACCAACUCUGCAGACAACCAUAUUCGAACGUUUAUUCUGCCACCUGAUCUCCUAGAAGAGAGGGAGCAGCCGCUGCAGCUGGAGCCGUACUCGACGAUACCCUCUACGGAGCCGGUAUAUGCCACGGCAAUCUAUCCUUUUUUUUCUCUUCAAGACCCAUCCACCACUCUCGUUGUUUCUUCAGUGCGCGAUCAUCCCAUAAGGCUGUCAUCAGCUUUGGCGCCACAGACGCUGGGAACAUAUUCGCUAGUAAAUCCAACUACCGAAGCCUUUAUCACACCACACUCCAUCCUUUACCCAUCCCAUCUCGGCGGGUCACAUUUUAUCACCGGAUCGGAUAGCCUUAUCUGUAUUUUUGACGUUUCUCGACCAGGAAAUGAGGGACCAGUCACUAGACUUCCAACCAUACCGAGUAAACGGAAGCAGAUUGUCGGCGGCGGCGUGGGCAUGAAAGGCAUCGUUUCCGCAUUAGCCAUGAACCCUGCUGGAGAUGGGAUCCUAGCAGCCGGCACAUUCACGAGACAUGUUGCACUUUAUGGGUCGAGAGGAAGCGGAGAGCUUAUUGGAACGUUUUGCAUCGCCAAAACAGAGGCGGAUAAACAUAUCGGCGGUAGUGGGAUCACGCAGCUUUUGUGGAGUCCUUGUGGAAGAUAUCUAUAUAUUGCAGAGCGCAAGAGUCAGGGAAUGCUAAUAUACGACAUCCGAGUUACCGGCCAGCUCUUGGGAUGGCUAGAGGGACGAGAAGCUCUUACCAACCAGCGCAUGAAAGCAGACGUUGUUGCCACGGGCGAACAGGAGUCUCAUGAAAUAUGGGCAGGAGGAACAGAUGGGGCUGUCCGAGUUUGGAGCAAUCCAUUUGCUUCCAUAGGUGCUCAGAAACCCCAAUACGAGUUCAGCAUGCAUGGCGACCCAGUUACAAGCUCAGUCCUGCAUCCGGGGAGCAGCGUUCUGGCGACAUGCUCCGGCCAGAAGCAAUUUCCCGACUAUGAACAAGGACGCCAGAAAUACGACAAUAGUCUCAAGAUAUGGUCCCUGUAA